AAAAAACAGACCUGAAGAUCGAGGGAAGAGGAGAGGGUGAAUCAUCAGCCUAUUUGGUGUAGGAAAGACUCACUUACCUCAUGGCUAGCACAGAGGAAGACACAACUGCAAACUUUACAACCCUCUCAACAACUUUUGAGACCUCCAGCUCCAAGCUGGACAUUACCAGAGAGGAGCUAGAGAAGCGACAGCUGCUGCACAGGAUCGAGCUCUUGAAACUGGAGCUCUCUCAGAGGACGCUGCUCAUUGACACGCUCAGAAAAGAGCAGUCAAGUCAGGUUGAAGAGCUUCGAGAACAGCUGGCCAAUGUUUUGCACCAGCGAAAGAUGCUCCACUUGAAGCUGAAGUCUUCAGCACACUUUCACGAGCAGGAAGUUGUGCAUCUCAAGCAGAUGGUUCGUGAUUUGGAGGAAAGGCGAGAGGAG